GGCUUGUGUGUUAGUUUAAAUCAUAUUUAUUUUGUGUGCCAAUUUAUUCAAAUUAAUACACUGUGUAUUGUGUGGUAGUAGAUACCUACCAAAGUGUAGCAUUGUAUUUUUACAAUACCCAAAACAAAAUUGUGUCUGUGUGUGCGCUUAAAACCGUGACCAAAGCAUAACAAUUUGAUCAAAUUCCGCAAAUACGAAUCUCUAGUAUUUAGGAAUUUAUAUGGGUGGAAUAUACGAUACGAUUUUAUGUAGAAGCUAGGAGCAUAAAUAUAUGCUUUUAGUUCCAAUAAUGGCCCAUACAUGAACUAUUAAUAUAAUCAUCAUAAGCAUACGAAAUUUUUAUAACAAAAUUGAGAAAGCCUGAAUAAAAUGGCUAUGAUCUGGAAAGUGUUAACAAGAAAAAAAGUGAUUGAUCCUGUUUCUGCCGAACAAAGUCAAUUGUCCAGGGUGUUAAACACAUUUGAUUUGACUGCUCUUGGUGUGGGUAGUACAUUAGGUGUUGGUGUUUAUGUUUUAGCUGGCCAUGUGGCGAGAGACAUAGCAGGCCCUGCAGUGAUUUUAUCAUUUCUAUUAGCAGCCAUAGCAUCAGUCUUUGCAGGACUUUGCUAUGCCGAAUUUGGUGCAAGAGCACCAAGAGCUGGUUCGGCAUACAUUUACAGCUAUGUGUGCAUAGGAGAAUUUAUAGCAUUUGUGAUCGGUUGGAAUCUGAUUUUAGAAUAUGUGAUAGGAUCUGCAAGUGUUGCCAGGGGACUGAGUUUAUACCUGGACACAUUAAUCAACAAUACUUUAAAGGACACCUUCAGGGAGAUAGCUCCUAUAAACGUACCACACCUUUCCCAGUAUUUCGAUUUUUUUGCUUUUGGAAUUUCCAUUUUAUUGGCUACGGCUUUGGCUUUUGGCUUGAAAGAAAGCAGUUUGGUGAAUAACAUUUUUACGGUUAUAAAUAUUUUUGUGGUAGGAUUUGUUAUUAUCGCAGGCUCUUUGAAAGCGGAUCCCGGGAAUUGGUCUAUAAGUCCUGAUAAAAAUGAUACCAAUGCUACAGGGAUAGGAAAUGGUGGGUUCUUUCCCUUUGGUGUAGAAGGUAUGAUAAGAGGGGCCGCGACUUGCUUCUAUGGCUUCGUAGGUUUUGAUUGUAUAGCAACCACUGCUGAAGAAGUAAAGAAUCCUAAACGAGCUAUUCCUAUAUCAAUAAUCUUGUCCUUGUUUAUAAUUUUUCUUGCUUAUUUUGGAACGUCUACUGUAAUCACUUUGAUGGUCCCAUAUUAUUUACAGAAUCCUGAUGCACCUAUACCAUAUGCUUUUGAACAUAUAGGGUGGUAUACUGCAAAAUGGAUUGUAUCGAUUGGUGGGAUAUUUGGACUCUGCGCAAGUCUGUUUGGAGCCAUGUUUCCGCUACCAAGAAUAGUGUAUGCGAUGGCAAGUGACAGUUUGGUGUUUAAGUUUCUUGGGAAGGUACAUUCGAGAUUUCAGACUCCUGUAAUCGGGACAUUGUUAGCUGGACUACUCACAGGUCUGAUGGCAGCCUUGUUUGAUUUGUCGCAGUUGGUCAACAUGAUGUCGAUUGGAACAUUGUUGGCUUACACUAUUGUAGCAGCAAGUGUAUUACUUCUGCGAUAUACUAGAGAAGAAACACACCAGUAUGUGCCCGUUCAAACUACAUCAGAUUCUGAUGAUAGUGAAAAUUAUACGGAGAACAAGACCUAUAAUAAUUCCGAAGAUGCUACAACUAGUGACGAACAGGAACUACUCCAUCCGCCGGGAGGUUCGGUUCUUGCACAAAUUUUCAAUUGUGGGAGAUACAAGAACCCUACUAAGACGUCCGAGACGAUAGUUGCUUUCGAAGUAUUUAUAUAUUGUAUAAUCUGCGUUCUUAUGGGACUAUGUGCGAUUUAUUUGAGAGACUACAUAGGAAACGGUGAAAUCUGGGCAAUCGUAAUAACUUCUAUAGUAGUUUUCAUAGCAGUAGUUAUAAUCAUGUCUAUUGUAACUCAACCAACUUCCAACAAAGAACUGUCCUUUAAGGUGCCACUGGUUCCUCUCAUUCCAGCCCUCAGUAUACUAGUCAACAUAUAUUUGAUGUUGAUGCUGGAUAUCCACACUUGGAUACGUUUUGCCGUGUGGAUGGCAAUAGGCCUGCCUAUUUACUAUUUUUCCGUAAGACCAUACACAGAAGCACAAAAUAAAAACGUGUCUAACAAAAGUUCAAUCGAUUAUAACGUAACCAUGGUGCACAACAAGCAAAAUGGAAAAAUAAACGGCAUCAACAAUAAAGCGUUUGUCGACGAUGAAAACGUUUCGCCUCAGCUCGGCGUGGAGAACGAAAACAAGAAUUCUAAGAAAAAGGCCGCACCUCAGCCGCCAAUGCAAACCAAUGGAAUUUUAGAGAACGAAAUCCCAGCCGAAAUAACGAGGCUGGAUGAGAUUUUGGACGCAGCUGCUAGUUCUAUUGAUGAUAGUGUGAUCGAACGGUUUUCAAUGUAUGGAUUUUAUGGUCUUCCUAACAGCAUAAAAAAUUUUUCAGACUAUGAACGGUUAGAUUGACUUCCUUCAGAUGUUAUUUUACAGAAUUUUAUGUAUACCUAAAAAAGCUAUUUAUUUUAUAUAAAAUACUUAUAUUUUAAAUCAAAUAUAUAUUAUAUCUAAGUU